GUUAGUACGGUCUUUGAACUCCAAUAUUUUAUUCAAAUAACACAUUUUGACUUUACUAAAAUUAUAUUGGUCCUUAUUUCUCGUAACAUUAAUAGUUUAAAAAUUGAAACAUUUAUUAUUGUUGUUACUAAAAGAUUUAUAAACUAUAGAACUUUAAUAUUAGCUAUUAAUUAUUUUUAAAACAAUAAUAUAAUUUAGUUGAGAAAUUAGCAAAUUGUAGUAUAAUAAUAACUUUUUAUAAUAUACUACCCCGAAAUAUGGCAGAUGAUGUGGGAUCUAUUGCUGCUAUGCGUGUAGCCCUUCAAACAUUGUCAGAUCGAUGUGAAAAACUGCAAUCUCGAUUAGACAUUGUCGAAAAAGAAAACGUUACCAUUAAAGGUCGCUGUACAUGUCAAGCAAUCGACAAUCAAUCAGUUCAAGUAAAUCUACAAGAAUUGUCUUGUAAAAAACAACAAUUGGUCGAAUAUUUACGAAUAGUGACUGAUGAAAAUUGUACGCUGUGGACCAAAUUGUCAUCCUUGGAUAAACCUGCAGUUCAUUUGAAUGAUAAAAUCAAACCAAAAAACUCAAUAGCUAUUAUUGACAACUACUUAAAAUACAAUGGUAUGAAUAAUUCAUACACAAUUUUUAAUCAAAAAAACAUUUUAAUAAUUUAUAUUUAACAUUCAAUAUUAUUCAAAAACAUAAUUUCUUUCUUUUACAUAGUUUUUUUUUUUCAGACAUGAUAAAUUAAAAUGUAUGAUCAGUUAUAUUUUUAAAAAGACAGUGAAUACCAGCAUGAUAGAAAUUCUUACAAAAUAAUUCCUAGUUAUUUGUUUUUUUUUUUUUCGUUAUCUUAUCUUCAUAUUUACCUGUCCGAAAACUUGAGCUUUCUUUUUAAAUAUUAUCCAUUUGUUUAGAUUAACUUUUAAGAUAAUUACAAUAUCUUAGACCCUGGCAAUUAAUAAAGUGUUCUCUAUUUGUGUCUAUAUUCUAUAUCGUGUCUGUUGUCAAGAUGAUUUAAUAAUAAAAUAAUGUUUAACUUAAAAUAAAGUUAAAUAUGAUUGUUAAAAUAAAAAUUUUGACACUGGAUUGAUUUAUUUCUGAAUAAGUUACAUUCUACACUUUAUAAAAAUGUCUCGAAUGCAUUUUUAAAUAAUUUACAAAGAUUCGUCUGAGCAUGAAUCUUUCAUUUAAAAUAUUAUAAUAUUAUUAGUAUUCAAUAUUCCUAUUAUAACCGUUGAUGUUUUAUUCAUGUCACAAUAUUAUAUAAUUAAUGACAAAUAUAUAUGUAUAUAUUUUUAGAUGCCGAUUUGAAAAUUAAUUCCAAUUGUAUAAUGGUAUGUUUAAUGAUUAAUUAAAUGUUUUAUUAUUAAUUUUGAAUUUAAAUCUUUUUAUAACACAACUAUCUAUACUUACAUAAAUUACCUAUAAUACUUCCCAUAAUUACAGUAACUUAAGUUUUAUAAUAAGUUAGAUUCACUACUAUGUUUACAUACAUUUGUAGUUGAAUGUUCAUACUUUGGUAAUCAAACAUUUAAAAAUCAUAAAGACAUAACUAAGAUAUAAUUAAAUUUGUUCAAAUUUAUUUUUUCAGGAUACGGAUGAUAAUUUGGUAAGCCUCCAGUACAGUUCAGAUGACGAAUCUUGGCCUAUGUUAUUAUCAGAACUAAAUGCAUACAAAGAAAAAUUAACUUUUGCAAAACAUUUACUUGCUAAUCAAAAUGAUUUAAUUAUUAAUAUUACUUCAAAAUUUAACCUACUUGUUGAAGGUAAGAUAAAAAAAGCCCAUACAAAACUAAUAGUAUUCUAAAUUUUUUUUUUACAGAAGUCAAACUUGUUAAGCCAACUGUUGAAUGCCGAGAUGCAGAAACAUUAACAAUUUCAACAUCAGAUUCUAAUCAACCUUGUAUUUGUGGGAUUCGUGCUAAACCAGAUAAUCAUAGUAUAUGUCCUUUAUGUAAAUUAUAUAUUGUGGAAGAUGAAGAAGGUGACGGAAUGUUUGAUAAAUUAGUUGAACAUGUAAGCAGUCAUUUUCCCAGCGAAGAACCUGAAACUAUAAUCGAUAGUUUAUCUGGACACUAUUGAACAUUAUUUAAGAGCAAUGAAUAACUAUAUUUUUUUCUAAUUAUAAAAGUAUAUUUUCUACUUGAUUUUAUAAAAUAUUGAUCAACAUGAUUAAUGAAAAUAAAUAAAAUUACACUGAAUUUUAUACUAAAAAAAAAUAUGACUAAUUUAAGCUAGUUCUGAUGGUUUAACAUCUUUGGAAUCUGAAUUUCCAAUUGUAGUCCUUUGUAAUAAGUUUUUACAGAACCAAGAUGGUUUUUCCCUUUUCAGUUCUAUGAUUCUCUUACCCUAUAAUAAAAUAAUAUAUUGAGAAUUUAAACUGUUUAAUACAAUAUGAAAAUUGAAUAGCUUACAUUCCAAAAUUCUUCCGGUUGUUUGGUUCUCUCGCCUUUGUAAAGUACUAUUACUUCAUGUUCAACUGGUUCCAAGCCCAAUUCUUUUUCAAUAACUUCUUGCAUCUCUUUAGUUUCAUCAUUAACCUUCUUAUAACAAUUUGCUAAAAAAUAUAAAACAUAAAAAUAAUAUAACUAUACUAGGUAACAGUAGGUAUAUUAUAUUAUUGUUGCUUACGACAAAGAUGGCGUUUCUGAUAACUAUGACCACACUGGUUACAGGUUAAUAAAUCCGUGCGAGGCAUUAGCAUUUUAUAAAAGUCAUUGAUACAACCAAAUUUACGUUUAAGUCUUUUCUCUAUUGUCCUUCUAUGUUUGGGUACUGCCCAAAGAAUGGAAUUGCCAAAUAGUUGUUGAACAUUUAUUGCGCGAGAAGACAAAUUUGAAUUAGUUUCAAUGGGAAUCGCAAAAGAAAUUGCUGUAAAACACAAAUAAUGCUGUAAGAAUCCUAAAUGAACCUAAACCAAAAACUUACCAGGCGGAGGUGGUUGUCCAAAUAUCACGUUACAAAAGGCAUUAAAAUUGCUGUUUAGUUGAUGUUUAAUUCUUCUCAGCAUAGAAAGACCUUUCAUUUUAAUUUUCAAAAGAAUUUUUUUUAAAAAUGCAAGCUUAUGACUAUAGAAUUAUAAAUGAAAAAUAUAGUACAAAAUUACAAAAUAUAACAUAAAAUUAUAUUUUAUAUUUGGUAGAACUUCAACAUAUUAGACACAUGCAGCCUGCUCAUUCGAUUGUCGUU